UGAAUUCAAAUAAGUCGAAUUUGUUUGUGUGCGGAAAGGUCACAGUCACUUUGACGUUCUAAUAAACAGAAUAUAUCGCUAGACAUAAGAAGGUGAGAGAAGUUGAAAGCAAUACUGUGCCCUUGUGCGGCCAGUUUAGACAUACACAGUUCUAUUAUCGCAAGUCGAUUGAAGAGGCUACAACGUGACUCUUCUAAAAUGGAUUUUUCCAGUUCUACAAGAGAUCCACAUUCAUUUGCGUUACCAGAUUUGCCACGUGUAACCGAUAUCCAUUUAAACUUGAUGGUGGAUUUCGAUCAAAGAGUUCUUGAAGGAACAGCGAUUUUGACUAUAGAAAGAAAACCUAUGAUUAAUCAUAUAAUUUUAGAUAGCCUCGGACUUGAUAUAAGACGUGUCACAAACCCGCUUGAUGGAACAAUUUUACAUCAUCAUAUUGGAAUUAAUCAUACCUGUGGAAGUUUAGUUCACAUAGUUUUACCAUCAAUUAGUGGCACUACUUAUGACCCUGGCUGUAAAAUUGAAAUUGAAUAUAAAACAACUCCAUACUCAUUUGCAUUAUAUUGGCUAACACCUGAGCAAACUGCCUAUGGUAGACAUUCCUUUUUACUGUCUAACAACAAGCUAAUUUACGCACGAUCAUGGUUUCCUUGCCAGGACACUCCAUCUGUCAAAUUUACGUACUCUGCUGUGAUUCGGGUACGAAAACCUUAUACAGUUCUAAUGUCCGCCCGUUCGCAAGGUGUACACGAAGGUCCGGAACUAGAUGUACAUAUAUUCCGUCAAGAGAAAAAGGUACCGUCUUAUGCGGUGGUUAUUGCUGUUGGUUCAUUACGGACAAAACAACUUACUGAAAGAAUAAGUAUAUUUGCCGAAGAGAACAUUUUUCGGUCUAAUAAUUUCAAUAAUUUUCGAUACAAUAUGAUUGAAUCUAUGUUGCAAAUUGCCAACAACUUAUGUGGACCUUAUGUGUGGGGUAAAUACGAUAUAUGCGUGCUUCCACCAAGUAUCGCUCAUUUCGAAAUAGAAUGUCCAAACGUGACAUUUAUUCCGUCGACUCUACUUGGCGGAGAUCGUUCUUACAUCGGUUAUUCUCUAGCUCGGAACAUUUCCCAGAGCUGGGCUGGAAAUUUAGUUACGUGUGAGAAUUAUGAGCAUUUGUGGUUAAAUAAGAGUUUUAGCCUUUUUAUUUCCAGAAAAAUUAAAUGCAGAGUUUUGUAUGAGAUAUCUGAUUUGUAUCAUAAUGACAUAGAUGUUUUUCUUCAAAGGGAAGGAUUAGAGAAUCUUAAUAGUCUGGUCCUAGAACCCAAAAAUGUCAACAAGCUAAGAUGCUUAUUACCCAAUUUGGAAUAUUUGUCUGCACCUGAGAUAACCACUAAAUACGUGCCUUACGAGAGGGGAUAUUUUUUUUUAUGUCAUCUAGAGAAUAAGUUAGGAGGAUCCACAUUAUUCGAACCAUUUCUUAAAUCUUAUUUUAAUAAUUUUGCAUUUAGAAGUAUUAAUACUAUUGCUUUUGUAAACUACUUGUAUCAACGAUUUCCUAACAAUAGGGAGAUGUUAAAUGGUGUUGAUUGGGAGUUGUGGUUUGGUGACAUUUUUUCUACACCUAUCGUGCCGAAUUUGUCGCAAAUGUCCUUGUGGGAACGGAAUUGUUACCUAUUUGUUGAUAAUUGGAUCAAAUGGGAUGGUCAUAAUGUACCUUCUCUUGUGACAGAAAACGAGAAGAGCCUAGACGACGUUCAGAAAAUGAUGUUAUUAAACAGACUACAUUAUUUUCAUAGUAUGCUGACCAUACAUAAACUGUUUUAUAUUCACGACCGUUACUUCGCAGUUAUCAGAAAUGAAAAAAUACGGUUUCUUUGGCUGCUAUUGUGCAUUAAAGUUCGAUGGGCUGGCUUCAAAGUUACGCAAGCUUUGAAUUUUGCUACUGAAAAUUGUUCGCCAAAUUACGCAUGUCCUAUAUUUCAACAUUUGUACGAAUGGGGAGAAAUACGUGAAAGAGCGAUUGAAACAUAUAAUCGCAAUAAAAGGAAGAUGUUGAAUGAAACCCGGGAGAAAAUCGACCAAAUUCUACACCAAAACUUAUAAUUAUUUUUGCAACAAUUAGCCUGAUUUGAUUUUUAAUGGUGCCAACGAGGAAAUAACUGGAUUCACGAUGAUGCCUGAUGACAAUUCCCAUUGAAUCGUCGAAUAAUAUUUAAAUUUGUAAAAGAAAAUAUAUCUCUUAUAUACAGAAUAUCAUAUAAUUAAUGUAUACAGAAGCAACAUGUAAUUAUCGUAGUGUAAUUUAUUGUAUUAAACAUAAAUGUA